CAUCGGUUACUCAUUUUCACGCCCAUUUUGCUUUAUAACCAGUUUCUUCUCCAUCUUAUUCUUCAUAUCUAACUCUCACUAGCUCUGUGUUCAUUUCGUCUUCCUUUCUCCUCUUCUAGAUCUCCAUUUCAACAAAGAAAAAAAAUCAAACCCAAUGGAGGGACCUAGCGUUGAACAACAACUCAGAAACUUCAUUCGCAACAUGCGUGACCAGGGUAUUCUGGAUCAUCGUUUUGAGAAUCUUAGGAGAUCGGAGGCUCAUGGGGAUCCUCAGGUUCUCACCGAUGAGAUCUUAAUCUUCAUCGUUGAUGCUGACAUUUCCACCGCAGAAAUAACCAGCCUUAUGAAUAACCCUGCACUGGACUAUCAAACCUUAGGUGAACAGCUCUAUCAGUUAAGGAGGAAGACCGCGAGAGUUGGCGGUUUCCGGAUGGUUGCUGCUUGCCUUGAAUUUUGCCAAGCCAUUGAUGCCAGGGACAAGGCAAGGUGCGUAGAAGGAUUUCAUGGGAUUAUCAAUGAGUAUCGGGAUUUCCGCAUCUGCCUUGUUAGUAUUUUACAGAUGCUUGAGCAAUUAAUACAGGCACAGCGUUUAAACGUAGAGAAUCGAAGGCGUCGCCCAUAGAGAGUUGCGCAUGAAAGGGGACCUAAAAGCCUGCUUAAGUUAUGGUUAUAUGAAUAAAUGAAGUUCAGUAGAACUGAACAUGGAACUUGUUUAAGGAUAAUUUGUUUGGUUGGUUGAUUUGAGGAUAUUUCAUUUGGUGGGUUUGCCUUAUCAGUUUAGUUCGUGUGUGAACUCUGAACAUCAAUACUGCUUUUGUUAUACAGUGUGUUUGAAUCUAUUAAAGCUUAUUAUUUUAA